AUGAAGACUACUCUUGUCACCUUGCUGGCUGCUGUCCUGUGUGUGGAGCAAGCUUACCCAUUUAUAUGCUACGUAUGCCAAGAAAAGGAGUCCAACAAGAACUGUUUGACCAUUUCCUUGUGCGCAAAGGAAGACAAAUACUGUGUGACUGUCCGUAACAACAUUGGAACAAAACCCAACAAGCCUAAAUAUGUCAUCUCUAAGAUGUGUUCUCCAACGUGUCCAGCAACAAGCCAGCAACAAAACCAAACCGAUCAGAGGGUUUAUUGCUGUGAGAAACCGUUAUGCAAUGUGAAUGGAGUCAGCGGCAAGCAAAGCAGCUCUGGAGUGAUGUUCCUGGGUGUCCUAGCCAGUAUCACUUACAUCUUUGCAUGUGGACGGUGA